CUCACUUCCGGCGUUCUGCAUGUGCAUUUCCUCAAACGUCCGCUGUUCUGGUUGAGAAGGCCAAAUAGCGAGUGUCUGUGCACUUCACUGAGAUGUCUGCGGCGUUACGUGUGGUCUACACCGUAUCCAGGCCAGGGUCAUUUCUGGCCAGUCAAAAUCUUGCACGUCCUCUCAGCCUAUCUGCACACAGAGCAGGGAUUAAGUAUGUCAACAAUCAGGAGGAAGCCACAGAUAUGAAGUCCAUCACGGACCGUGCGGCUCAGACUCUUCUGUGGACAGAGCUGUUCAGAGGUUUGGGAAUGACCAUGAGCUAUCUUUUCCGUGAACCUGCCACAAUCAACUACCCCUUCGAGAAGGGCCCUCUGUCGCCCCGUUUCCGUGGGGAGCAUGUGCUGCGCAGGUACCCCUCUGGAGAGGAGCGGUGCAUUGCCUGUAAACUUUGUGAGGCCAUUUGUCCAGCCCAGGCGAUCACAAUUGAGGCAGAACCUCGUGCCGACGGCAGCAGGAGAACAACGCGUUAUGACAUAGACAUGACCAAAUGCAUCUAUUGUGGCUUUUGCCAGGAGGCCUGCCCUGUGGAUGCUAUUGUAGAGGGUCCCAACUUUGAGUUUUCCACAGAGACCCAUGAGGAGCUGCUUUAUAACAAGGAGAAACUCCUCAACAAUGGAGACAAGUGGGAGGCUGAGAUCGCUGCCAACAUCCAAGCUGACUAUCUCUACAGAUAAAUAAAUGUCAUAGACUGUCUCAUUACAGCACAGUGACAAUAUGUCACCAUGCUCUCUUACCAGUAAUCACAGUUUCAAUUGCAUUUUGAAGAUUUGCUUUUAGACAGUUACUGUUGUGCUGACUGCACAUUUUCAAAGCCCAGGGACUGACUUUUUUGUGAAGAUGCACAUAAUUUUUGAUUUCUUCCGGUGUGAGCAUACAUGUAGAUGAUCAGAUCUAAAAUUAAGUUCACACAUUCAUGUCCGUGUAAACUACAGCAGCCUUAAAGUGGUGCCUCACAUUGAAACAUUUUUGUGUACAUAUAAAGCUGUCAUUCAACACAGCAUGACCAUCACACAGCAAAUGUUGAGGUAUGUUGUGCAAUAAACAGUGUCUAAUGGCAGUUUAAGUUAUUCUUGAAAACCACCAAGGAUGACGCACUACUUUGAGGCUAACGUUACAUUGUCAUUUUGAGGCGGUCGAUCCAUCCUUCCCAUUUUCACCCUUCUUCCUUUCGUAUUUUGACCAUCCAGUGGAUUUAAAUGAAGAGUUGUAAGAAACAAAAGCACUUCGACAGUUGUGUUGAAUCUAUCUCACAUUACAUCCUUACAGGUUUAGACAUUUUAUUUGUCCUUGUGAGAACUGUACAAAGACUAAAUACUUGUGGACCGUAUAUAAUAAAUUAAUGAUCUGUCCAAAUCUU